GUUUGGAGUCACUAAGAGUCAGAACUGAAUAUAGACGCACAUAUCGUGCUAAACCAGUUUCAGUUUUCAUUCCAUUGCUGCAUUAUUUUAUUACGUGUACAUUUGUGUAAAUAGAUUUUUUUCUAUUUUUAUAACAAGACAACAAGAUGGAACUUAAUUCUCUUUUAAUUCUGCUGGAGGCUGCAGAGUACUUGGAAAGAAGAGACAGAGAGGCAGAACACGGUUAUGCGUCUGUUUUACCGUACAAUAGCGACUUUUCCAGAAAGAAAACGAAAGCCUCGCCAAUUUCCAGAAAAACUCAGAACAAUAGAUCAUCGCACAAUGAGCUGGAGAAACACAGACGUGCCAAACUGAGGCUCUACUUGGAGCAGCUGAAGAAGCUGGUGCCUUUGGGUCCAGACAGCACUAGACACACCACACUGAGCUUGCUGAAAAGGGCCAAGAUGCACAUCAAGAAGCUGGAAGAGCAAGAUAAGAAGGCUUUAAACGUGAAGGAGCAGCUGCAGAGAGAGCACCGCUACCUCAAACGCCGCCUGGAGCAGCUUUCCGUGUCGGGAGCUGUGGAGCGCAUCCGCACUGACAGCAUGGGUUCCACCAUCUCCACCGACUCCGAGCAAGAGGUGGACAUCGAGGGCAUGGAGUUCACUCCCGGUGAGGCGGACAGCGUGGACAGCAUCAGCGAUGGCGAGGAGGAGGACCACUACAGCCUCCAGAGCAGCUCCAGUGACGCCAGCUACACGGCCACACAUUCCCACAGACUGCAGCCGCACCACUGCUAGGUGCUACAGCCACCUCUCGCCCCGAUCCGGCUCUGCCUUCCCCAUGGCCCCACAUCCCCACCCUCACCCCACUGCUACCCCUCCCCGCUUCCCCACCCCAGCCAUUCGCAAUCACCAACGCCGCCCACUACCUGUAUCAGCUCAGCCCAAAAAGGUGGUACACCCUUAGCCCCCUCACCCCCGACCCCCUCACCCCCGUGGCCUCAGCUUUUCAGGAAGCAGAUGGAGCUGAAUUCCACUCAAGCCUUCCUGACCCCUCCCUUCUAGACCACUGACCCUACCUCACCCCACUGUAUCCUGCCUAAACCUACCCCUCCUGACACGCCCUGCCCUCCCACUGUCCACACAACCCCUACCUAGUGUUGCCGCAGGCUCAAAGAGAGAAAGCAGAAUAGAGUUUGUGGCUUUAUCGGGGACUUCUGUGGUGUGUUGGACAGCUUUGACUUGUUAAUGUGGAUCUAUGUGUGUGUGUAUGCCAGAGAGAAAGAAUAAGGGAGAGAUCUUAGGAGAGGUUAUAAGCUCCUUGUGGCAGUAUACAGUAUUUGAAUGGGACACACAGACAAUGCCUUGGACUAGCAGCUUCUCAUGGAAAGGGUAAAGCGCUUCUGUUGGUUAUAGGAUUUAUGCAACAUUUGAGAGUUAAAUGUAUCACAUAUUCUCUGUCUAAACAAACAACCUCUACAGGCCCAGUUAUUGUAGAUGUCCUCUUUGUUGCAUUUAUCUGCAUUGAUCUUGAAUUAGCCCUGCAGAUAAUUAGUUAUUAAACUAGAAUCAAAUUAGUACAAUUCAAUAAUUUAGUGGACCUCAACCAUCCAGUUAUCUGGCAGAUUCUGUAAUGUCUUGCGACUGCAAAAGAGGCAAAAUUAAUUUUUUCCAAACCAAAUUUUUGAGGAUGCUGUCAAAGUGCAGCAUUAACUAUGCAAGGGUGCAACGAAAAGGACUUUUACAGCGGCUGUGUCUGUGCAUACGUGGCCCUCUAUUACCAAAUGUACCACACCUGUGGCCAAAAACAAAACAAAUCAACCGAAAAAGUUACAGAGCUGGAAAAGAGAAAAAGAAUGUAUAUAGAUGUACAGUUACUGUCCAAAGCCUCAUGUCUCCCUCUGGUUGGGUUGCCUAACCACUACUCCACACUACUGACCACUACACUAUACCUCCCUAUGGUGUGGAUGGACUACUAUCACAACUGAAAAGGAGUUGCCUCACAACUAAAACUCCCUCCUCCAGAAAACCCUUUGCAGAUUCAAAUGGAUCCCCAGCAUUGAAACCUUGUUUUACUUUUCAGUAGCGAAUUGAUGUAGCAAUAAACAUGGGAGGCUACUGCUUUCUCAAAGAGUUGAACUGAUUCUGGCAGGUGGGUUGAGGACCAUGAGGUGUUAUGUGAGAUUUUUUUUUUUUUUUUUUUUUUUUUGCCAUGUUGUAGAAGGCAGGUGGGCGCUGAAAUAGAGAGAGGACCUGAAGAAAAGGGCGAUCCUUUUUCUGUUUCACUAAUGGAUCUUUCUCUUUGCUCGCCAUGCCAUCUACCUUAGAUUUGCAUUUCUCACAAGCUCUGUCACUUUUUCACACAGUAUUCAUGUGUGUCUGCCUUUGAUUUUUUUUUUUUUUUUUUUUUUUUUUUUUGCCGUUCACAUUAACAAGUCAAAGCUGUAGAAGUGGAAAAAAAAACUAAAUGAAAGACAAAAAAAAAAAAAGCCAGCUCUAAUGAUUUGCUCUCUGUAGAGGCGUUCAUUUUAGCUAUCAGAACUAAUCAUAUUCAGUAGUACUUUCAUUUCUAUAACUCAAGGCUAAUUACCUUAUUUUCUCUCUGCUAUCUAUUACUUAUUUCUGGAGCUUCUGGGCAUUGCUAAAGACCAACGUAAUAGAUUCCUAUGGGUCACCUAUAAACUAAUCUGUCUGUAAUGCAAUGCACAAUAGUCACUAUGACGGAAGAGGCAUUUCUCUUGCUCUCUGACCAUAUAAUAAUCAUUAGGCCUCAGUCUCUGGCAGUCUUGAGAGCUUGGCAUCCCAACACUUCAAAAAGGGCCAGUCUACAAAGGCAGGUCUGACCAAAAAAAAAAAAUUAAUAAAAAAAAAUUUACAAAACACUUAAAAGAAAAAAAAACCUGCAUACAAAAAAAGCUAUUUGUCACUAAAAGUGAUAUUAGCCAGUGUAGUCUAUAUUUCUUCUAUUAAAUUUUGUAUUAUAUUUUCCUAAAUGUUCUCUUGUAAUGAAAAGACAAAAAAGAAGAGUAUAUCUAUAAUUAUGAGAGACAGACAGGAGGCCAGGCUUGUUGAAGGGAGAGUGGGGGCAGGGGAGCUAAUACACUGGCCCCUCUCCCUGGGUGACUCUCCUGCUAUCAUUCUGUGCCUUGGUGAGCCUUGGUGACUGUUGUCAUGCUCCUUGACCGCCCGACUCCCCCCUUCCCUCCCGCUCUCCACCCCUACUCAGGUCGUCGCCCUGCCAACACACUCCCCCGGACACCCUUUACUCUCCCUCCGUUUCUCUCGGAGGAGCUGAACGCUUUGAUUUCAACCCCGUACUCAUGCCAAAAUGGUGACGUUUAACUCUUCCUUGAGCGAGGGGCGUGUGAAGAACUCGUAAAAAAGCCCCCCUUGGGUUUCUCUGCCCGAGAAGCCUCGUCAUGUUGUCCUGCCCCGGCACUCCCUCUGCCCUCUUCAUCCUCCUGCCCCGUCUGCCAUCGCAGCCUCUUGUUACAAAAACCACACUGGUAUAAACUCCCAUGGCAGCUUCCAGUCACCCCAAACGGUCACCAGUGGGGUUCAAAACUUUUAUUAUGGGCUUGAAGCUUGUUUAUCUUAUCUUUUGUCAUGACUAUUUCUCUGUUAUUGUAUGUUGACAAUGUGUUUUGUUUUUGAGACAUAAGUUGGGAGUCACUGGGAGCGGAGCGCUAAAAGAAUAAUCCAAUUGAUGGCAGCUUAAGGUGUUCUCCUGCUUCCUCCCAGUGACCCUUCCCAGAUAAAGUGUUAAAAAAAAAAUCUUCCCCCAUUGAUCAGGGGACCUCGAGACACAGCAAUAUUACCAUCUUGUGCUUUUCUGAGAGAGGGUGUGGGGUGGCUUUUUUUUUGUUGUUGUUUUUGUUUUUGUUGUUUUUUUUUAAGACAAGCAGGUGGUUUUUGCUUUUGACUCUGUGGUGCAUUUUGGUGACCAACUUUUUUUUUUUUUUUUGACUUUGAUUUUGAUAAAUUUUACCUUCUAUCUGCACUCUCUCCACACAUUGCAGGAGGGCA